AUGUCUGAGUCCCGCCGUCAAUCCAGUCCUGUCGCAGGAGCCUCGGACCUGAUCGAGGCCGACGUGGACGACGCGGCGACUUCGGAUCCCACGCCUCGAGAUUACAGGGCUUGGCGGCAGGCAAACGUGUAUGACGCCGUGGCAGGUCGACUUACCACCACAACGAAAUCCUCCCGGACGGCGAUUGAGGAUCACCCUCGUCCUGGGGUUGACCGAGCACCACGCUUGAGAAAGGCUACCGUGCAUUCUUCCAUUCUUGCUCCGGAAGAAGCUCUCUUUCGGCGCGGCUUGGCUCCGGAGCGUUAUGCGGAGCACGACGUAUACAUGGCGCACGAGCGUCGUCUACCAGACGGCACGGCGAGCGCCCUCCCUGACAGUGAUCUGGUCAAGGCUGUUCACACAUACUCUGCCCACUACUACUCCGCCCACAGUCGCACUAUAGCCUCUGCACAGCCUGUCGGCAACCGUCCUAUUGAUGAGACAAGCAUGGACGAGACAGCGCUGCUUGCUUUUGGCAUUCUGCUAGAGGAGGCCGGGCGUGCGCUGAUCGGAAAGCAAGGCGACUUGAUACUGACUGAGGGCCUGGAACUCCAAGCUGAGCCCCGCGCAGAGCGCCCCGGUCCAGUCCAGCUUGACCACUCGCUGCAGAGCACCGUGAGCUUCCAGACCAUGGGAUCUUCCAGACAACGGAAAAGACGCAAAAUGACCGAUUUCAACGACGAUUGA